AUGACCACAUAUGCUCCUGCCAGUCAUAUCGAUUUCGAGUAUCGAAAGCGUGUCUUUGCUGCUGCUACUGUCAUUAUCCUCUGCACCCAAUUCCAGAUCAUGCAGAUGACACAACAAGACCCUAAGGCUGAGAAUGCCCACUGGAAUGAUGCAGAGACUAUGGCGAUGCUAGAUUAUCUUAUCCUGCAUCGAUCAAAGUUAGGUGGCGUGACCUUCAAGCUUUUGACAUUCAAUGAUGCUGCUGCUGAUCUCCGUACCAAGAACUUGAAAACUCAAGGCGCCACAAAGACAGGAAUACAUUGCAGAGGCAAAUGGAAUACAUUGAAGUCUGGGUACACUCAAAUCAACAAAUACCUGCAGAAAUCGGGUGUUCAUUGGGAUCCUGUGGUUGGGGCCAAUAUUCAGGGGAAAGCCGCUGAAGAUGCAUGGUCAGAUUAUGUUGGCAAAUUGUCCAACUCCGGUAUGAAGCAGUUCAAACGUGGAUGGAGGUUCUAUACCAAGAUGGAGCAAAUUCUGACGCGUGUCAGUGCUGCUCAUGGGGCGGCAGCCUAUAAUCCUGCUGCACUGGCAGCCACUGAAGCUGCCACAGAAAAUGCGCCAGUGCCAGGUUCCUCUACUCAGCCUGGUGGGGCGGGUGCUCCUACUAGCGACUCCAGCGCUCUUGAUGUGAGCGUGGCGGCUACCGCUAAAGAUUUCACAUGGGGGAUUCCACCCCUUCAUAUUCCUGCACCGGUAGCCUCAACCUCUGUGAUGGCUGCUCCCCCUGUAUCCAGCUCUGGGAAUUCCGGAAAGCGCUCUCAUAAUGACAUGAUUUUUGAAAGUGCACCUCCCUCUGUCACCUCUUACGCGCCGACGUCAGAAGUAGCUAUGUCAGAGGCGCCACACGCACACUCAGAGAUGGACUUGAAGAAGCCGAAGCUUUCGGUGCAGGGUAAAAAACAUAGCGCCAUCGGCACCAACAAGACACGUGUAACCUCUAACAAGGGCAUAAAGGAGGCUGCCAACACCGCUGCAUUGAUGAACCUGCAAGGCACAAUCAACCGCCUAUCGGACUCUAUCACAACAUCGUUCACUGUCACUGACGAAAGCCGCGUAGCCGAUGAAAGAUCGCGUGCCUUGCAGAGCAUGCAGGAUGAGGAGGACUUGUCGCUGGAUGAUAAGCUGGCGCUUGUGCAUGCAUUCAUGAGGAGUCCGAUCACUUGUUCUUCUUACUUGAACAUCACGCAGCCUGAGCUGCGCAUACCAUUCUUAUGUUCAAUCCUCGUGGAGGCAAGGCAGGUCGUGAAUUUGCAACCCUACCGCAUCCAAUAUCUCGUACUUCCAUUUCUACUCAAUCGCCACAUCAUGCAUAUCACUCGUUGUUCUUUCAAGCUCACCCAUAUCCAAUGUGUCAAGGUCAAGGUCAAGGUCAUCGUCAUCGUCUCGCCCCUGCAAGAUCAGCUUCAUCAGGCUGUCCCUGAUGCGUGGGGUUGUCGUUGA